CCACCUGAAAAUAAAUAAGUGAAGAGUUUAGUCCGGGUCUCGCAACCACUACGAGAAUCUGCCUAGGGUUUUUGACGCCCUCGCCGGCCCGCCGCCACCUCCUCCCUUCUCACAAGCGCUGCCCCUCGACUACCACCGUACCACCAGGAUGACGGCGCAGACCGCCGAGGAGCUCGCCGCCCAGAUCGAGCAGGAGCAGGUCGAGGCGAAGAAAACAGAGGCAGAAGAGGUUGUGGUUGAGGAUGAUGAUGACGAUGAUGACGACGACAACGAUGAGGAUGAUGAUGACAACGAUGAUUUGGAUGGGCAAGAAGGUGAUGCCAGUGGCAAAUCAAAGCAAAGCAGGAGUGAGAAGAAGAGCCGCAAGGCAAUGCUGAAGCUUGGCAUGAAAUCCAUCACUGGUGUAAGCCGUGUCACUGUGAAGAAAAGCAAGAAUAUAUUGUUCGUCAUCUCAAAGCCAGAUGUCUUCAAGAGCCCAAAUUCAGAGACGUAUGUUAUUUUCGGUGAAGCCAAGAUUGAGGAUCUCAGCUCCCAGCUGCAGAGCCAAGCUGCCGAACAGUUCAAGGCUCCUGACCUGAGCCAAAUGAUCUCAAGUCCUGAGGCAUCGGGCAUGGAGCAUGAUGACAACGAGGUUGUCAACGAUGAGGGAGUCGAGCCGAAGGACAUCGAGUUGGUGAUGACACAGGCGGGCGUCUCAAGGGCCAAGGCUGUCAGGGCUCUCAAGUCUGCCAAUGGAGACAUUGUCACUGCCAUUAUGGAGGUCACAACUUAAGAGUAUGCCGACAUUUUUGGAACUAGUUGAACCAUUUCUCUUUGAGCGUUUUUCUUGAGUGUUAUUAUUAUCUUGGAACCGGAUAAGUAUCUCAUGUUUGCUUGCAUCUCUGAUAAGGUCGUUUGGACAUGAUCCUGCCUGCGGCUAAGUUGGUACAGUGUUUUUUACCA